AUGGCUAUUAUACCCAUUCCACCACUAUCAAAAUUCUCAAAGCGUGCCGAUGAAUGGGAUGACGGCGAUAAUUGGCCUGGUAGUAACUGGUACUGGAGUGACGAGGCACGGAAUAUCAAAUACGGCGUUUUGUUUGGUAUACUGAUCCUCGCCUUCCUGGUAAUCAUGGGGAUGUGGCUCCACGCGGACCGGAGGAUGAAAGCUGGGAACGCACCACUGCCAUACCACCGAUGGCUAGUAGCACGUCACCGCAGAGCACAAUGGGAGCCACAACUCCAGCAGCCAGAGCAGCAGUUCAGCUUUUACCAGCACCAGCAGCAUCAGCGGCAACAAGAGACCGACUACUCCAUGCAUACUGUUCCACCACCAGCUUACAACCCCAACUACGCCCAGCCCCCGGUCUACACCGGCGGCCCACCAAUCGGCUCAUCAAAAGUCCAUCCCUCCCAACAUCCCGCGAACCAGAUGCAGAGCCAGAACCCGUACUACAAUAGCAGCGCCGGUGAAGGGAGCAGCAGUGGAGGGCCAACUUAUCCCCCACCUGUGGGUGCUCCUGUGUAUCAUGGGCAGCACACGCAAUAA